AUGGGAAUCGUCAUCGUGCCGCACCAAACAGCCUACGUCGUGGAGAGGUUCGGACGGUAUUCUCGGACGCUCGACUCAGGGUUACACUUCCUUAUUCCCUUUAUUGACAAGAUUGCGUAUGCGCAUUCCCUGAAAGAGGAGCCUAUUGUAAUUCCUAACCAAACGGCCAUCACGAAAGACAAUGUCACACUGCAGAUCGACGGCGUGCUGUACGUGAAGAUCUGCAAUGCCUACGACGCUUCCUACGGAGUCACCAACCCGAUCUACGCCGUCUCGCAGCUGGCUCAGACGACGAUGCGAUCGGAGCUCGGGAAACUGACUCUCGACAACACUUUCCUCGAGAGAGACGCCCUGAACCGAAGCAUUGUCCAAGCCAUCAAUCAAGCGGCGCAGCCCUGGGGCGUCACGUGCUUGCGCUAUGAAAUUCGCGACAUCCUUUUGCCUCCAAACAUUCGCGCUGCCAUGGAGCGACAGGCUGAAGCCGAGCGAAGGAAGAGGGCCGAUAUUCUUCACAGCGAGGGCGAAAGAGAGAGUGCGAUCAACCUCGCGAAGGGACAGAGAGAGAGCGUCAUUCUGCAUGCGGAAGGAGAAGCCGCUGCCGUGAGACUUCGGGCUGAAGCUGCCGCCGCGAGCGUCUUGAAGAUCGCAGAGACCAGCGGCGUGUCAGGCGGCAUGCACGCGCUGAGUCUACAGCUCGCCGACAAUUAUAUCUCCGCCUUCAGCAAACUCGGGAAGUCGAGCAACACCCUCGUCGUGCCUGCCAAUGCGGCCGACAUCGCGGGCAUGGUCACUCAGGCCCUCACCAUCUUUAAAAAUGUGGACGGAGCCUUCACCCAGGCAAACGCGCACGCGCCAGCAGCCUCGUCUACGGCAACACCCCCGCGAAAGUGA